CUGACAUAUUAUUUAUCCUAAAAUUCUUUUCUCACCACAAUAGACUUCGCAUUUCCAGCGGCUUGCACAGAUUCUCAUUCCUCUUCUCUUUCACAGAAGACAGACUAAGCAAUCAUGGCGUACGCUCCUCCAAUGAAGCAGGCAAAGCCCGGUUUAGAGGAAACUCAAGAGCAAAUCCACAAAAUCAGGAUCACUCUCUCUUCCAAGCAUGUUAAGAACCUCGAGAAAGUGUGCACUGAUUUGGUUAAGGGUGCCAAGGACAAGAGAUUGAGGGUGAAGGGUCCAGUUAGAAUUCCUACCAAGGUUCUUCGAAUCACGACCAGGAAGUCUCCCUGUGGUGAAGGAACUAACACAUGGGACACAUUUGAGCUUCGAGUCCACAAACGAGUGAUUGAUCUGUUCAGCUCUCCUGAUGUGGUGAAGCAGAUUACAUCGAUUACCAUUGAACCAGGAGUUGAAGUUGAGGUUACAAUUGCAGACUCUUAGAACAACUACUCUCCAGUACUUCCCCAUGUGGUUAUUCAUAGUUGUUGUUAGAUCAUUUUGAUUAAUGCUAAUGCUCCAAUAUUCGCCACACUUGAGUGUUUGAAAACCGAAAUUUAAUGUUUUGAGUUUUUAUUUUUCAGCUGGAUUCCUUUCUUUGUUGUUUAAACAAUGUGAAAAUUUGAAAUAUUUAUUUUGCUUAUUCAAAUUCCAGGAUUGGUUUUUCUUAUU